AUGAUAGGUAAAGAAGAUUCCGGCGCGAUUGCGACAGAGAAGAAUCUCAGGGAGCUCGUUUUCACCAAAUUAGAGUCAUCUCCCAUCGUUCCAGAGUCGCCUAUCAGAGAACUCCCUCUUUUUCCUCCGAUUCCUCGAGAGCCUUCAGCGUCUCCAGAAACAAAGGCAGAUCACGAAGGUAUUACUCGGAGGAAGCAGAAAGGAUGUCGCUGCCGGCAAUCCAAAUGUUUAAAGCUGUACUGUGACUGCUUUGCGUCAGGAGUGUUGUGUAGCGACUGUGAUUGUGCUGAUUGUCAUAACAACGAUGGGAACUGCGAUGUCAGAGAAGCAGCUAUGGUGAAUGUACUAGAACGCAACCCAAAUGCCUUCAAUGGAAUGCCUUUCAGCAUCCCAAUUGACAAACAGUAUAUGCCUGCAGCUGAUAUUAAACUUGGACUGCUUUCGAGAGGCUGCAAAUGCAAAAGAACAAAGUGCUUGAAGAAGUACUGUGAAUGCUUUCAGGCUAAUGUUCUGUGCUCAGAGAACUGUAAAUGCAUCAACUGCGAGAACCUCACUGAAGCGAUCCAGGCUUCUGUUUUUGCAUGUGGACUAAGCAACAGGGAUCUUUUUGGAAGUUAUGAGACGCCCGAGAACAAUAAUAAUGUCAAUGCUGUAGGAUCCAUUUAUACUAACAGAGACAAUGUUGGCUUCAACAGCCAUAAUACUGCUGGUUGUAUGAAUUAUGCUCCUGGAAAUUCUACUCACAGUCCCCUACAGCAGUGGAAUUCUUGUCCAACUCCUUUAAGUUCGAUGCCUGACAAUUCCAUUCUAAAUUCUCCUGGAUUCCCUAUGUAUAGCUCUCCUAAACUCCCUUACAGGAAGAAAAGGUCGCGGUUGGGAUAUACCACCACACUUGUUCCGGACUUUGGAGAUCUACUCUCACUUCUCUUAGAAGCAUCUGAAUCUGCUAUAGCCAAUGCAGGUAUCAAAUCUUUCUUUUAG